GGGAUGGUGGAUCGUGUUUUGAAAGAGGGAGUCGGGAGGCGGAUCGGUCGAAUUCGGCCGGCCUCGUCUCGCUCCGUUGCCGCGAACCGCCGAGGAAUUCUGUCGGCAGACGACUCAGUUCACUAGUGACUGCUUUUGGUGUUUGCGCGCCUCGGGCUUUCAGCUGCUCCAGUUGACUCUGUGCGCGGCGUCUCGGACCGGCGUACAGUGUCUUGUUUUUGACGUUCUGUGCAUGUGCUCUCAUUCGGACAGGACAGGAGGACCACACGGAUUCCCAAGUGACAUAAGACCGGUGGUGGAGGGGCAGUGAAUAUGCUAGAGCUGGUGGGGGUGGCAUGGUUGCUGCUCGCGACGUGUUCAACCAUCACGUCAGGAAGGCGAAGCACGACCGUGCUGCCUGACGAUGUCCGCCCCGGUUACACGGUGCGGAGGUUGAGGCCGAGCCCUGAACACACGUCUUUUACUCUCGCCCAUACACCUUUGUCAGAUUAUUUUACCGUACUCGAAGACGGUCUCGUUAUGACCACCGCAGAUCUUCAUCCGCUAGUCGACCUACCGGUGAAUCUGGGCGUGCUAGAAGAGACGCCGAACACUACUUCCUCUCACACCUUGCACAUGUACGUGCUGAAAAGGUCGGAGAUGCUCAGGUUUAGGAAGAGCAGCUACGAAGGAGCUUCCGUCCUCGAAAACUCGCCCGUCGGAACCGAAGUGACGAUGAGUCCGUUUUGGGCAGAAGGCACCGGCACAGGGGGUCCCAUCCGGUAUAGUAUAGUCGGAGGGAACGACCACGGGGCCUUCACGAUCCAUCACAACAGGUCUGGGGCAUUCCUGAAGACCGGGAGGGUUUUAGAUAGAGAACAUAGAGCCCAGUACAGGCUUACCGUGCAGGCGAGCGAUGCCAAAGGGAUAGAUAGAGCAAAUACUCACGUCUUUGUUGACAUCGCUGACGAAAACGACAACGCUCCGGCUUUCGACAAAAGGCUGUACAGAUUUACGCUCGCCAAGAAAAACGGGUCGGAUUGGCAGAGGUUCGCCAAACUGGGACAUGUCCACGCCGUCGAUGCGGAUUUGGACAAAGUAGCCUAUAGACUUAAGGAACACAGUAAUUUAGUAGUCAUGGUACCUCAGACGGGAGAGCUUCUUCUCACCGGCAACCCAGGCUUAAACACGGAAUACGAACUUACAGUGCUUGCUCACGACUUAAGGACCCCGUCGAAGAUCUCCAAAUUCCCGGCCAAAGUCUACCUAGAAUUCGACGAAGAAGAUGAAAAUGUGAUAAUGCAUAGAGAAAAACGGCGAGUCACCCGAGCCGUGAGACCCACCAAGAGGAUCGAAUUCACCGAAGCCGACGGUGAGACCGAGGGCAGAAUCGUGUUUCAACUCGAAAAGGAAACCGAAAGAGAAACGUUCAAAAUCAGAGACGAAAAUCCUUGGGUCACGGUCGAGCCGAACGGUGCGGUACGAGUGAAGAAGAAGUGGGAUUAUGAAGAGCUUGGACCGGAAAAGACCAUCGACUUCUGGGUCACAAUCACGAACGCCGGCGUUGGAGGAUUGAGAUAUACGGAUAACCAGAGGGUCAUCAUCCACGUUAAAGACGUCAACGAUGAAUCUCCUUACUUCAUCAACAGGCCUCUACCAAUGCAAGCAGUCGUACAGUUAAACGCACCUCCGAACACACCUGUCUUCACUUUACAAGCCAGAGACCCCGACACAGACCACAGCAUCCAUUACUUCAUCGUCAGGGACAGAACGGGAGGCAGGUUCGAAGUGGAUGAACGGUCCGGCGUUGUCCGCACGCGUGGAACCGACCCUUUCCAACUUGACAUGGAGUACGUGCUCUAUGUCAAAGCUGAGGAUCAAAACGGCCGAGUGGACGAAAGGCGAUAUCAGUCGACACCAGAAGAAAGGCUGUCUAUCGUAGGAGGAAAAAGGGCGCCCCAAUUUUACAUGCCAACAUACGAGGCUGAAAUUCCAGAAAACCAGAAAAAGGACUCUGACAUUAUAUCCGUCAAGGCGAAAUCCUUUGCAGACAGAGAAAUCCGUUACACACUGAAAGCACAAGGACAGGGUGCUGGUACAUUCAACAUCGGACCUACAUCAGGAAUCGUAAAGCUGGCUAAAGAGCUGGACUUCGAAGAUUUAAGACAACCUCAUGUUUACUCAUUAGUGGUGACUGCCACAGAGGACAGCGGAGGUUUUUCAACGUCCGUAGAAUUGACAAUAAGAGUGACUGAUGUGAACGACAAUGCGCCCAAGUUCGAAUUGCCAGAUUACCAAGCGCAUAACGUGGAUGAAGACAUCCCGCUGGGAACGUCGAUACUAAAGGUGAAGGCGACGGACGCUGAUUCCGGUACAAAUGCCGAAAUCGAGUACCACGUCUCGGAUGACCAUUUCGCAGUCGAUUCCAACGGCAUUGUCAACAACAACAAGCAACUAGACGCGGACAACAACAACGCUUAUUACGAAUUCGUGGUCACGGCGAAAGAUAAAGGGGAGCCUGCGAAAACGGGUACGGCAACGGUUCGAGUUUAUACGAAAAACAAAAACGAUGAGGAGCCCAAAUUUUCUCAGCAAGUCUACACCCCGAACGUUGACGAAAACGCAGGGCCGAAUACCCUCGUGACAACUGUGGUAGCUUCCGACAAAGACGGUGAUAAUGUGAGAUUUGGUUUCGUCGGAGGGUCAACUUCAUCUGGCCAGUUUGUUAUAGAAGAAAUAACCGGCGUUAUCCGUUUGCAUGGGAAAGCUAUUUCUCUUGAUCGGGACAAAUAUGAACUCAAUGUAACUGCAAAAGAUGAUGGGGCUUGUUGUGUCAACGGUGACUCAACGACACACACCAGCACUGCUGUUGUUGUUGUUUUCAUCACAGAUGUAAAUGACAACAAGCCCAUUUUCAAGGACUGCGGAACAUACUACCCCAAGGUUGAAGAGGGUGCGCCAAAUGGCAGUCCUGUAAUUAAGGUUCAUGCAACAGACGAAGAUAAAGGUGUUAAUGGACAAGUAAAGUACUCAAUCGUCCAACAGCCUAACCAAAAAGGGACUAAAUUUACUGUGGAUGAAGAAACCGGAGAAGUUACAACAAAUAAGGUGUUUGAUAGAGAAGGUGAUGAUGGCAAGUUCGUCUCCGUUACUGUAAAAGCUACCGAUCAGGGUGACCCAUCACUAGAAGGUGUUUGCUCUUUCACAGUGGAAAUCACGGAUGUGAAUGACAACCCUCCACUUUUUGAUCGACAGAAAUAUGUAGAAAACGUGAAACAAGAUGCCAGCAUAGGCACAAACAUCCUUCGAGUUUCAGCCUCAGACGAAGACGCCGAUAACAAUGGCGCAAUCGUCUACACACUUUCCGCUCCAGGCAACCCGUUGGAUCUGGAGUAUUUUGAGAUUCAGCCCGAAUCUGGGUGGAUUGUACUCAAAAAACCUUUGGACCGUGAGAGAUAUCGUCUGAGGGUGAAGGCAUCUGACAAAGGGGACCCUCCGACAUACGCGGAUGUUGACGUCGAGUUGGAUGUAGUAGAUAGAAACAAUAAGCCACCUCUCUGGGACAAAUCAAUAUAUGGCCCGAUACGCAUUAAGGAGAAUGUCACUGUCGGAUCAUUAGUCGCAGAGGUCAAAGCAAGGUUUCGUGAGACGUACAAACUGGAAGCUAAGGCACAGGACAAGGGCUUCCCUUCACUCUCGAGAUCGGUAGAAGUGCAGAUUGAUGUCGUUGAUCGAGCCAACAACCCACCUGUCUGGGACCACGUUGUCUACGGGCCUAUCUACAUUAAAGAGAACAUGAACGUCGGAGCAAAAGUCGUGUCUGUUAAAGCCAGCUCGGGAAUUGAGAAUAACCCUACAGUGUACUACAGACUCAUGCCAGGUUCGACUGCUCAGACAAAUAAAUUCCACACAUUUUACCUACAGCAGCGCAAUGACAAUGGUUUUACUUGGGCAGACAUUAAAGUCAACCAUCCAUUAGAUUAUGAAACGAUUAAAGAAUACAACCUCACGAUCCGAGUGGAGAACAAUGGUGCCCAACAACUGGCAUCAGAAGCUACGGUUUUCAUCAUGCUCGAGGAUGUUAAUGAUGAAAUUCCUCUAUUUACUGAGCGAGAACAAGAGACAGUACUAGAAGGUGAACCAAUCGGCACUAAAGUCACCCAAGUGAAUGCAAUGGACAAAGAUGGAACAUUUCCUAACAACCAGGUAUAUUAUUUUAUUGUCGACUCGCCGAGAAACGAGGGAAAAGACUUUUUCGAAAUAAACCAACAAUCCGGAGAGGUCUUUACGAAGGUGGUGUUCGAUCGCGAAAAGCAGGGAGCGUACGCAUUGGAAGUGGAAGCAAGAGACGGCGCACCAUCAGCCAGACCGAACUCCGGCCAGGAACCAAAUUCAGUCACCAAGUUCAUUCGGAUCGGUAUCGCUGACAAGAAUGACAACCCACCUUAUUUCGAUAAGGCGCUCUACGAAGCGGAAGUGGACGAAAAUGAAGAUAUACAACACACCGUCCUCACCGUCACCGCCAAGGAUCACGAUGAAUCCUCGCGUAUUCGAUACGAGAUCACGAGCGGUAACAUAGGAGGUGCCUUCGCUGUCAAAAACAUGACCGGAGCUAUUUACGUUGCCGGAGCUCUCGACUACGAAACGAGGAAAAGGUAUGAGCUGCGGCUGGCCGCCUCAGAUAAUUUGAAAGAAAACUACACGACGGUUGUCAUCCACGUCAAGGACGUCAACGACAACCCCCCUGUCUUCGAGAGACCCACAUACAGGACGCAAAUUACCGAAGAGGACGAUCGUAAUUUGCCCAAACGAGUCCUUCAGGUGACGGCGACCGACGGUGACAAAGACAGGCCGCAAAACAUUGUCUAUUUCUUAACAGGCCAAGGAAUAGACCCCGACAACCCGGCGAACAGCAAGUUCGACAUCAACCGGACUUCCGGGGAAAUUUUUGUACUUAAGCCCCUUGACAGGGACCAGCCGAAUGGUAGGCCUCAAUGGAGGUUUACAGUUUUUGCCCAAGACGAAGGCGGAGAAGGCCUUGUGGGCUAUGCCGAUGUCCAAGUGAACUUGAAAGACAUCAACGAUAACGCGCCCUUGUUUCCUCAGGGCGUUUAUUUUGGAAAUGUCACUGAAAAUGGAACAGCAGGAAUGGUAGUCAUGACCAUGACAGCAGUUGACUAUGAUGACCCAUCCGAAGGGACCAAUGCUCGUUUAGUUUAUUCAAUAGAAAAGAAUGUUAUAGAAGAGGAAACUGGGUCACCGAUAUUUGAGAUAGAAUCAGACACAGGCGUUAUAAAAACGGCUGUCUGCUGUCUUGACAGGGAAAGAACCCCAGAUUAUUCGAUACAGGUCGUUGCAAUGGAUGGAGGGGGGUUAAAAGGCACGGGAACGGCAUCGAUACGAGUGAAAGAUAUAAAUGACAUGCCUCCCAUGUUCACAAAAGAUGAAUGGUUUACUGAAGUUGAUGAAACUGAUGGAGUGAAUCUACCUGAAACGCCUAUUCUCACAGUCACUGUUCAUGACGAAGAUGAAACCAACAAAUUUCAGUACAAGGUAAUUGAAAACAGUGGAUAUGGAGCAGAUAAAUUCACCAUGGUGAGAAACAACGAUGGCACUGGUUCGCUUAAAAUAGUCCAACCAUUAGAUUAUGAAGAUCAACUUCAAAGUAAUGGAUUUAGAUUCAGAAUACAAGUUAAUGACAAGGGUGAAGACAAUGAUAAUGACAAAUACCAUGUCGCUUAUUCUUGGGUGGUUGUUAAACUCCGCGAUAUCAAUGAUAAUAAACCGCAGUUCGAAAGACCGAAUAUUGAAGUGUCCGUUUAUGAGAAUGCCGAGGUCGGUAAAGCAUUAGAGACUUUUAAAGCCAGUGAUCCGGAUCAAGGUGGAAAAAGUAGAGUGUCGUUUGCAAUCGAUAGGACUUCAGACCGUAAACGUCAGUUUCUUAUAAGUCAAGAGGGUACAGUGACGAUUCAAAGGCAGCUCGACCGUGAGGAGACGCCAAGACACCAAGUCAAGAUCCUGGCGAUAGACGACGGUGUACCGCCCAAAACAGCCACGGCAACUCUGACUGUGAUUGUCCAAGACAUUAAUGACAACGCACCGAUGUUCCUCAAAGAAUACAGACCUGUAUUGCCUGAACACGUCCCGCCUCGUAAAGUAGUCGAAGUGCUGGCAACAGACGAUGACGACCGAAGCAAAAACAACGGCCCACCAUUCACAUUCAGGAUGGAUCCGAAUGCUGAUGACAUCAUCAGAGCAUCCUUUAAAGUUGAACAUGACCAAAAGGGAGCAAAUGGAGACGGAAUGGCUGUUGUUUCUUCACUGAGGUCAUUCGAUCGUGAACAGCAGAAAGAAUACACAAUCCCGAUUGUCAUCAAGGAUUCAGGAAACCCAGCUAUGUCUGCAACAAGCACUUUAACCAUUGUAAUUGGUGAUGUGAACGACAAUAAAAUGCAACCUGGAUCAAAAGACAUUUUUGUAUAUAACUAUAUGGGACAAGCACCAGAUACAGAAAUCGGAAGGGUUUAUGUUUACGAUCUGGAUGAUUGGGAUCUACCAGACAAGAAAUUUUACUGGGAAAGCUCAGAACAUCCUAGGUUCAAACUGAAUGAAGACACUGGUAUGAUUACAAUGAAACAUGGAACACGAGGUGGAAAAUACCAUUUAAGAUUCAAAGUUUAUGAUAGAAAACACACACAGACAGAUAUACCAGCUAAUGUGACUGUUACGGUUAAAGAAAUACCUCAUGAGGCUGUGGUUAAAUCAGGAUCAAUUAGAAUAGCAGGAAUCACAGAUGAAGAUUUUAUCCGAAUAUGGAACUAUAGAACAAUAGUAAGAAGUAAACUUGAGAGCUUGAGAGAUAAGUUGGCAGAUCUUCUGAACACAGACAGGGAUAAAGUCGAUAUAUUUAGUGUACAGCUAAGAAGAAGAUAUCCUCCCGUUACUGAUGUCAGAUUUUCAGCACAUGGCUCACCAUAUUUUAAACCGGUCAAACUCAACGGCUUAGUGCUCAUGCACAGAGAAGAGAUUGAAAAAGAUGUCGGUAUUAAUAUAACAAUGGUUGGCAUAGACGAGUGCCUAUAUGAGAAUCAAAAUUGUGAAGGAUCAUGCACAAACUCUCUAGACAUAUCCAACCUGCCUUACAUGGUUAAUGCCAACAAAACAGCCCUCGUCGGUGUUCGAGUCGACGUAAUUGCAGAAUGCACCUGUGGCGCAAGAAAUUUCACGAAAGGGGAGUCAUGUAGAACAUCACCUUGUCUCAAUGGUGGAAGAUGCAUCGAAGGAAGAUACGGAUUAAGUUGUAACUGCCCCAGUGGCUAUAAUGGUCCGAGAUGUCAACAAGUGUCAAGGAGUUUCAGAGGCACUGGUUGGGCGUGGUAUCCAUCACUGGAGAUGUGUGAUCAAUCACAUUUAUCUUUGGAAUUCAUCACAAGGAAACCUGACGGCCAGCUGCUUUACAACGGACCUAUUGUUCCUCCUGAACCCGAAGAACUUAUGGUUUCAGACUUUGUUUCGUUGGAAUUGGACAGGGGACACCCUCGUCUUCUUCUCGACUUCGGUUCAGGUACACUUGAACUUAAAGUCAAAACGAAAAAGACCCUCGAUGAUGGAGAAUGGCACAGGCUUGACGUUUUCUGGGAUACAGAAAACGUCCGUCUAGUCGUAGAUUUCUGCAAAUCAGCUGAAAUAUCAGAACUUGAAGACGGCACUCCUCCAGAGUUUGAUGAUUCUUCGUGUCAAGCGAGAGGCACAAUACCACCGUUCAACGAAUACCUUAAUGUCAAUACACCACUGCAAGUCGGUGGAAGAUAUGUUGAAGAUUUUGACCCUACACAUUACCAUUGGCAAUCUAUGCCAUAUGGUAAAGGUUUUGAUGGUUGUAUAAGAAACAUUUUUCACAAUAGCAAGUUAUACGAUUUAGCACAUCCUGGACUGUCUAGGAAUUCGGUGUCAGGCUGUCCACAGACAGAAGAAGUUUGUAACAGUCAAGAAUCGACUUUCAGGUGUUGGGAACAUGGCACCUGUGUUGGAAGUUUCACAGAAGCGAAAUGCCAGUGCCUUCCCGGCUACGCUGGGCCGAGUUGCACAACUCCCACAGUCCCUGCAACUUUCAAACCACAGUCUUAUGUCAAAUACGCUCUUUCAUUUGAGCCAGACAGGUUUUCAACCCAACUUCAACUAAGGUUUAGAACGAGAGAAGAACAUGGUGAACUCUUUAGAGCAAGUGAUCAACAUAAUCGAGAAUAUGCGAUUUUAGAGAUCAAGGACAGUAAGUUGCACUUUAGAUACAACUUGAACAGUCUUCGGACAGAAGAAAGGGACAUUUGGCUUAGUGCAAUCACUGUAGAUGAUGGGCAAUGGCACACAGUAAAAGUUUCCAGAUAUGGUUCAGCUGCCACUUUGGAAUUAGACGGUGGAGAAGGUAGACGUUACAAUGAGUCGUUUUCCUUUGAUGGCCACCAAUGGCUCAUCGUAGAUAAACAAGAAGGAGUCUAUGCAGGAGGAAAAGCUGAAUACACCGGUGUUAGAACAUUUGAAGUCUAUGCUGAUUACCAAAAAGGCUGCUUGGAUGAUAUACGAUUGGAAGGAAAAUCACUUCCAUUGCCUCCGACAAUGAAUGGAACUCAGUGGGGACAAGCAACAAUGACAAGGAACCUGGAGAAGAACUGCCCGUCAAACAAGCCAUGUGCAAACGUAAUAUGUCCAGAUCCAUUUGAAUGCGUCGAUCUCUGGAAUGAAUAUGAGUGCACGUGUGGAGAAGGUAGAAUAGUGUCUCCCGAUGGUAAGGGCUGCACGGAUAAAAACGAAUGCCUCGAGUCCCCGUGUAGGAACGGAGGACGCUGCAUCAACCAUGAUCCCAGGCUCAGGUAUCGCUGUGACUGUCCAGAAGGUUUCUGGGGAGAGAAUUGCGAGCUCGUCCAAGAGGGGCAAACACUAAAGCUUGGAAUGGGUGCUCUCGCAGCAAUACUUGUCUGCCUUCUGAUCAUUCUCAUACUUGUUCUUGUCUUCGUCGUGUACAAUCGAAGGAGGGAGUCUCACAUUAAGUAUCCAGGACCGGACGAUGAUGUAAGGGAAAAUAUUAUAAAUUAUGAUGAUGAAGGGGGUGGUGAGGAUGAUAUGACUGCAUUCGAUAUCACCCCUCUUCAGAUUCCUAUAGGAGGGCCACAUCCAGAAAUCCCUCCUACGAAAAUGCCUUAUCCGGCUGGAAUGGUGGGAGUUGUAGAGCCCAACGUAGGUCUUUUUAUCGAGGAACACAAGAAGCGGGCUGAUGCCGAUCCAAAUGCUCCUCCUUUUGACGAUCUGAGGAAUUAUGCUUAUGAAGGUGGUGGAUCAACUGCAGGAAGCCUUUCUUCUCUCGCCUCUGGAACUGAUGAUGAACAGCAGGAUUACGAUUAUCUUGGAACUUGGGGUCCAAGAUUUGAUAAACUGGCUGAUAUGUAUGGUCAAGACGGGGAGAGCGAGGAGGAAGAGGAUGAGCAGUAGACGGUUUAAAAGGAGGUGCGACCUAGUCCAACCACAUUCCUUGUAUAGUCACUCCUUUUUGGAAAGAAUCAAACAUACGGACAACCCAAGCUCAAUUUCACCACAUAAAAUGAUAAAUAAAACACCUUUGAUUGUAAACGACCUUACAGGUUAAAUGUUACUCUUCAACUUUGAAUGAACUGUAUUCCAUGCAUUUUUUUUUAAUACUGCGAGAUCUUCCGCCCACCCCACCCUUUGUACAUAGACUUGGCGUGAUAUCUGCAGGAUCAUCUCCUCAGAAUUUUUUUCUAUUUGGGUGAAUUAAAACAUACCAAAUACAUUUUUGUGGCCAUUUCCAUGAUAUUUCUGUCUUAAGAGAAGCAAAACUGUUUUCGAAAAGUUCACUUUCAAAGGUCAUUUAAUCUUUUUUGUAAAUAUUAACUGUAAUGAUCAAUUAAAUCAAAACGAUAAUGCGGUGCAUGUCCCCCGAAAAAUGUUUGAUGUAAGUAAAUUAUUUUAAUUAUUUUAAACAACAUUUCUCAUUUUGUAUUUUUUAACUUAGGUUUUUGAGAUUUGUUCCGUUUUAGAUUGUGGAAAAAUGUAUGUGCCAUAUGUACGGCCUGAAAUUUAAAAAAAAAAAAAAAUUAUCUUUACAGAGCAAUGGCGUGGUCACGUUUAUAUAUAAAUAUCAUAUAUUAUUUUUUAUUGCCAAAACUUUUGUUGUUUGUAUAGAGUAAAUAAAUGUAUACUUUUCUCUCUUCUUCUUGUUUUAAAAAAGGAAGAGAGACUUUUAUAAUUUAUUGUAAAUGUUCCUUUCGGAGGGGAUUAUUUUCUUUAGGAUAAUAGAGGGAAUUCCCACCCCGACUAGUCAAAAAACAAAAAAAGAAGCAAAUAAAUUUUAAAAAAUUAAUAAAAUUAUAUAAAAAAAGGAAAAAAAGGAAAAAACAAAAAAAAAAACUAAGCACACUAGUGACAUUCAUAGUUAAAAAAACAAUUAUUAAUGGAAAAGUAGGCUUUUCAAUUCAAUUUACAUUGUAGGGAAAUUUGCACUGAGUAAAAUCUAGAUUGUAAUUAGUAGUUUUAAUAAAUAUAAAUUGAGUGCAAAAUGGGGCAAUAUUUCGUGGAUGCGUUUAUUAAUUUAAUUUCAAAUCGGGGGAUGGCAAACGAUGGUUUGGUCAUUUUAUUGUCUUGUAUCGGUUAUUUACUUGAUUUUCUGAUUAAAAUUUCUCUUGUUGCUAGAGAAGAAAAAUCGAAGAAAAUGACGGCCUCUUUUUUUUUCUUAUACUUUCCUUUAAAAAAAAAUAAAAUAAAAUAAAAAUGUAUUUGAUCAAAACAAGGCCAUUACUGUGGUGAAGGAAAAAAAUAUAAAUAGAAUUCAAUGCUCAAAUUGCAAAAAGUAAAAUUAUGAAUCGGUGUAAAUACUAUUAGUAUAUUAAUCUCUUGUGUCAAGGUGGAUUUUCAACUGUACGGCGAUCAACAAUGAUUGGACAUCACUUGUGAUACCAAGACUGAAUAUGAAAAACCCAAACUUAUCCCUCCAGUUGAAAAUCCAUUUUCUGCCAAAGUGGCUAUAGUUUAAACAAAUUAAAAAGUAAACAAAAACGAUUCAUUGUUUUGCCAAUUCUCAUUUUUCUUUUCCUUGUAUGUACUUAGCAAUUCUAAGCGGCAACUUGCUGGUCAAUAUUAAUUAAAAUCUAAAGUUUUAAGCUAUGUGUUAUAUGUAAGUGUGAUCUUUGAAUUUUAAAUAUAAGAUUGAUAUUUUUAACAUUUUAUACUAAUGUCUUUAUUCAUCAAACUAAAAGAAUCUAUAUAUUAAAAGAAAUUAUAAAUAAAUAAAAACACUUAAAAUAUUUUUUUUAAAUAUUGAUCAAAUAGAAGCCGCUUGUCAAUGAGUUUAACAGAUCAUAUCGAUUUAAUGAGAUAUAAAAUCACAAAAAAAAAUUGUAGUCAAUUUUUUACCCAAGAAUUGUAGACAAGCCAUUGUACAGUUCAAACUGCACUUUAUUAUGUGUAUACAAGUUUUUGAAAGAAAAAAUUUCAAAAAGAAAAAAAAAAGUAGCCCCCUCUAAUUGUAUAAGAAAAAGUAUAUGUAUAUUGUCAUAUGUGUUUUUCUUAAAGAAAUCUUCCCACACGGUAUUUUAUAAAUUACAUUAGGUUAUAUUUCGGCAAGAACAGAAUUUGCCAGUCUUUUAUAAAUGCAGGACAAAAAUGGCAAAUUGAAACCUAGCCGACGACGACGAGUGUUGGCGAACUUUUUCAAACCCCACCCCCAAUCCCCCGGGCAGCACUGAAAAAGGAAGAAAAAAUUUUACUUUCCACGUAUCCUGUAAAGACUUGACCUCAGGUUAUAUUUGUAAUUAUUAUUGUAUUUAUUAAACUUGACCUCUUUUGUUUAAAGAGGUAUAUUUUUACCAAGGUCUCCCUUUUCAUGAACCACACGUACCGUCUUAACUGUGGCAAUUACAAUCUUCACAGCAUUGUUUAACCAAACACUCGAAUAAAAAUUUGUGUAAUUAAAAAAUAAAUAAAUCUGUAAAUGUUUGUGAAGGGAGAACGACUUUAGAUUUGUAAAAAUAAGAAAUCAAAGACUUUAUUAAAGAAUUUUUAGACUUUUUCAAAAGAUUAAGACUUUUUUUCAUAUUUUAAGUGGCAUUAUUCCAAGGAUAAUGUGAAGUAGGCACACUGUUCCUUUUAUUUUAUUGUUUAAUUUGUAUAUUUAUAGGGAAAUAUAAUUGUACAAAAAACAAUUAAAAUAAUAUAUUCAGUGAACUUUUUUUAAAUAAAUUGUUUAUAUAAUAAAGACCUACUACUUAUUAGUUAAUAUUCUAAUAACUAAAUAAAAAUGUAACAAUGAAUGUUUGUGGAUGAAAAGAAGUUUUUUUUUCAAAAAUUAAAUGUAUGUUUGUAUGUUUUGUAUUAUUUUUACUUUUAUUUUAAUUUCAGCUGUGAUUAUUCUCUCUAGCUGUAUAGGUUCAUAAUUGAAUAAAU